GAAACCACACAUGGAACAGUUGAAGUUCCCUCCAAGAGGCGAAUGGUAGAAUAGAAGAAUGGCUUCCGCAGCGUCGGCGAUGUCGGUUCAAGCGGGUCGGGUUCGGACCCUGAAAGAAGGGCUGCGCGGCGAAGCGGGUGCGGGUCCCGUUGUGUACUGGAUGUUCAGAGAUCAACGGGUGAGAGACAAUUGGGCUCUGAUCCACGCCGUUGCUGAGGCCAACAAAGCCAACGUACCCGUGGCCGUUGUUUUCAAUCUCUUCCACAGCUUCCUUGGCGCCAAAUCCCGUCAUCUAGGGUUCAUGCUCAGAGGCUUGCGCCAACUGUGCCACCGUAUGCAACACACUCAAAUCCCCUUUUUCUUGUUCCAGGGUGAGGCAGAGGAGACUGUGCCAAAGUUUCUUAGAGAAUGUGGUGCUUCCCUUUUGGUGACGGAUUUCUCACCGUUGCGGGAAGUGCUCAAGUGUAAAGAAGAGAUUUGCAAGAGGGUUAGCGAUUCCGUUACUGUGCAUGAGGUGGAUGCUCACAACGUUGUUCCCCUUUGGGUUGCCUCUGAUAAGUUGGAAUACAGUGCUAAGACCAUUAGGGCUAAGAUAAACAAAAGGCUUUCUGAGUAUCUCAUUGAUUUCCCUGACAUUGAAUUAGAACCACCAACUAGGAAGUGGGUUCUUACUGACAACCAUUCCAUUGACUGGGAUGAUCUCAUUGCUGACGUGUUAAGGAGGGGUGCUGAGGUUCCUGAAGUUGAUUGGUGUGAGCCAGGGGAAAAUGCGGCGAGGGAAGUGUUGAUGGGAAGUGAAAAUGGAUUCUUGACCAAGAGGUUGAAAGGUUAUGCCAUGGAUCGCAACAACCCGUGCCACCCCAAUGCGCUUUCUGGCUUAUCUCCCUAUUUGCAUUUUGGACAGAUAUCUGCUCAGCGAUGUGCUUUAGAAGCACGUAAGCUGCGAAAUUCACAUCCUCAAGCAAUUGAUGCUUUCUUGGAGGAGUUGAUUGUGCGGAGAGAGCUUGCUGACAACUUUUGCUUCUACCAGCCUCUUUAUGAUUCAUUAAAAGGAGCAUGGGGCUGGGCUCAGAACACCUUAAUUCAGCAUGCCACCGAUAAGCGAGAACAUAUUUACACGAGGGAGCAGUUGGAGAAGGCACAGACUGCUGAUCCUCUCUGGAAUGCUUCUCAGCUGGAGAUGGUUCACUACGGAAAGAUGCACGGUUUUAUGCGAAUGUAUUGGGCAAAGAAGAUACUUGAGUGGACGCGAGGACCUGAAGAAGCCCUUGAGAUAUCUCUAUAUUUAAAUGACAAGUAUGAAUUAGAUGGGAGAGAUCCAAGUGGUUAUGUUGGUUGCAUGUGGUCAAUAUGCGGGGUUCAUGAUCAGGGGUGGAAAGAGCGACCCGUUUUUGGGAAAAUUCGAUACAUGAAUUAUGCAGGCUGCAAAAGAAAAUUUGAUGUUGAUAAAUACGUUGCAUAUGUCAAUAAAUUAGUUCGUGAGCUUAAAAAGAGAAAGGCUGGAAACUUGUUAUCUCAAAAGGAGAAAGCACGCCGCUGUUGUGAUCCUGAAGAUUGAAGAAGUAUAUAUAUAUAUUUCUAGGCUUAUUAUGUAUUUUGGUAGGAUUUAUAGUAAUAACAUUUUUUUAUAAUGUCAUUCUCUAUUAUUAAUUAAAAUUCAUUAUAAAUUAUAAAAUAUAAGGCUCAUUAAAUAAAAAAUGAGACUUUAAAUUUUAUAAUUUCUAAUAAAUUUCUGUUAAUUAUAAAGAAUGCGUUAAAAGAAAUGUGAUAAGGUUUGUUUACUAAAAUUUCUCUUUUCUCAUUUAGGUAGAGUAAGUUUCCAAGCAGAAAUAGUCUUCUAAUUUGCCUUGAGUUUUGAAUACUGCCUUGCCGUUCUUCAUUGAUCACAUCCUUAUGUUCGAUUAAUGAAACUGAAACUGCUUGUGUUCCUACUCGAACAGGUUGGUCACAUUGUAGAGGUGAUAGGGAACCGUUAGAAGCAAUGAGAUUAUUAUGAAUUUUUUUA